AUGUUUUCCUCGGAAACAAGGAAGCACCGGCGGGCCGAGUUGGACAAUGCAACGUCACAGACAAUGACUAUCGGCAGCGCAAUAAGCUCGGACAACGCGAGCCUGGAAACCGAUAAUGUGACGCUGAAAGAGCAAAGGUACAUUAUGACUCAGUACCGGAGACUUCGCAAGGCUCUAGACACGUGGGCGAACGGCCCCAGCUUGAAGUUCACCGAGACCAUGGACGUGUCGCAUAUUGACACGGCCGAGGCCUUCCGGAGAAACCUUGAGAAUGUUUCCUCCGGCGGCAUGACCACCCGCAAGCUCGCCGAGAUGAGGUCCGAAUUUAAUACUACCCUCAGCCUGUAUAUGCUCAAUAAGUUUAUCGAGGGCGUCUGUGACACGAUCAUGCACGACAUCAUCGCUCCUCUGGGCGAGAAUGUUGCCGUCGGUGGAUUCAGUAAGGAUUCGGUCCGGAACUCCCUGCGCGAGGUGGCCUACAAAGCCCUCAACCUGGCAAUUACCCUCGGUCAGCUCAAGUCGGGACAGCGCAUGCUGGACCGCAAAUGGGUGCUGGAUCCGCAGUCCGAGCUGUAUGACGGCGACGAGCGGGUCCACUUCGAGGACACAGCCUCCAAUAUCUCGGCUGCAUCCCUCGGAAGCCCGGAUGUUGAUUUCAUCGUGCUGUUGCCGGGUCUUCUCAGAUACGGCGAUGACAAUGGCGACAACUUCACGUCCUGGUCCACCUUGGACCCCAUCCGUAUCAGAGAGUACUCGCCGCGGACCAACUCAGCUGCAGCGUCAACAGGGCCUUGGGAGGUGGUUCAUGCACAACCAAGAAAUAACCCGUCGAUACGUAGGGAGUUGGAAUUAUGUGAAAUAAUAUGGUGGCGCGGAUUUGGGGCAACAAAAUGCAAGCCUCGGUCUAGGCCCAGGCCUGGGCCCUGCGAGACCCAAGAAGAGUGGCAAAUAUUUGAGGGUUCGGCCUCACUGCUUCCCGGAAAGCUGCAGCUGCGAUUCGUCUGGGAGGGCCUCGUCGUAGGCAGUGGCGCCUGA